UAGCUCGCAACUUGUUUCCGGACUACAAAAAAAAAAAAAAAAAAAACAUGGACGACUACCAGCAAGAUGUGGCUCUCCGGGCCAGCCAAAUGAUGGACGAGCUCUCGCUCUACGACGCAAUGUACGCCGCCCGGAGGGACGCGGUCAUCGGCCGCGAUUUGGACUUCUCGCCGCCGGCGGGGGAGUGCGGCCGGGGCGCGAUGAACGGCGCCGCGGUGCUCCGGCAGCAACACCACACCGUGGAGAACUUCACCACCGGGAAUAAAGUCUACACCGCGGCUCCGGUGCGCCCGGUCAAGUGCGGCAGGACCGUGCCGGUGGACUUCUGCACCCCGCAGAGGGACGCGGGCUACGGCGAGGCGGAGGGCUGCUGCAAGUCCGAGGUGGCGCUCCCGUGCUACACCGGCGCCUCGGAGCGCCAGCGGAGGUACUCGCUGGAGGUGCACCGGUACAGCACCGGCUCCGCCUUCGACGCCCUCCACAAGCCGGUGCCUCUGCCCGGCAACAGGUGCAACAGCGUCUGCAUGGACGGGAGGCACGGCGCCUCCAGCCUGGCGUCCCAGGAGCCCAGCAAGCACGCCAGCCCCAGGUCGAGCAUCAGCCAGGACCGCUACACCGGCCUGGUCCACUGCGAGGGCACCGGCGUGCUGAGCCCCAGGUCCAGCUACGCCAGCACGGCCAGCGACACCAGCAAGCACUCCUGCAGCCCCAGGACCAGCCUCAACAGCUGCGACUGCUGCAGCAAGCCCAGCAGCAACCGGACCAGCGGCAUCAGCAUGGGCUACGACCAGAGGCACGCCAGUCCCAGGUCCAGCACGGCCAGCCAGUACUCCUUCACCACCAGCCCCAGGUCCAGCUACUCGGACUCCCGCUACGGGCCGGCGGCCAGGGAUGACUUUGCCCCGCUCAUGGUCAGCCCCAGGUCCAGCUUCUGCAGCCAGGACGGGAGACCCGGGGCCGGCGCCAACUGCGUGCUCAGCCCGCGCUCCAGCAUCUCCAGCCACAGCUCCAGAAGCUCCCGCAGCUCCAGGGGGUCUAUGAGCGCCUACCCGGACCUGCAGCUGCCCUCGCCCAGGGCCUCCAUGCUGGCGGGACCCGACGACCACCUCAUGCAGGAACUCGGGGACUCCAACGGGAUACACGCUCGCCUCCAUCUCCAGGAGAACGCGCUGGAAAUGGCCCCCGGUUCCUCGUUCUCCAAGUCGGCCUCGGCGGGGCAGAGGUUCAAGCUGCCCUACCAGGUGACCCCCAGCCGGGAGAGUGCGCCGAGCCAGGCGGAGAGGCGGCUGGAGGCGCUCACCUUGGAGCUGGAAAAGGAGCUGGAGAUGCACAUGAAGAAGGAAUACUUUGGUAUCUGCGUCAAAUGCGGCAAAGGCGUGUAUGGAGCGAGCCAGGCCUGCCAGGCCAUGGGGAACUUGUAUCACACCAACUGCUUCACCUGCUGCUCCUGUGGGAGGAGACUGCGAGGGAAAGCUUUCUACAACGUCAACGGCAAAGUCUACUGCGAGGAGGACUUUCUGUACUCUGGGUUCCAGCAGACGGCCGACAAGUGCUUCGUGUGCGGCCACCUCAUCAUGGAGAUGAUCCUCCAGGCGCUGGGCAAGUCCUACCAUCCAGGCUGCUUCCGCUGCGUGGUGUGUAAGGAGGGUCUCGACGGCGUCCCCUUCACCGUGGACGUGGAGAACAACAUCUACUGCGUCAAAGACUACCACACGGUUUUUGCUCCCAAAUGUUCCUCCUGCAACCAGCCUAUUCUUCCAGCUCAGGGCUCUGAGGAGACGAUUCGAGUGGUCUCAAUGGACAAGGACUACCAUGUGGAGUGUUACCACUGCGAGGACUGUGGCCUCCAGCUAAAUGACGAGGAGGGCCACCGCUGUUACCCUCUGGACGCCCACCUGCUGUGCCACGGCUGCCACAUCCACCGGCUGCAGCCCCAGGCCCCCUCGCAGUCUCCCCCCAGCUACCCUCUCCACGUCACUGAGCUGUGAGAGGAAAAAAGGGGCACAAAAAAAAAAACUGGGUCCAGGAACCCCCACAUCCGCUCCUCCUCUCUAGGUGUCCCUUGGCGCCAACCUGCAGAGUGGUGCCCGCGGGGCGGCGGACCACACAUGCCAGGUCCCCCCGCCCCUGUCAUGCCUCCUGAACGUUGCGUGGAGCCACGCACUCUGUGCUCCUCAAGGGCCGCCCACCCCAGGGGGUCGUCACUGGCCCAGUACGGCCGUGCUGUGCCUUCAGAGCGGGUUCUCCGUGCGGCCGCUAACACUGACCCAAGCUAACGGCGAUGUUAGCAGCCCACCCUUUAACAGACAUUCCAUGGAGAAGACCUGCAGAGAUUCAUGUCUAUGUCAGAAAUGUUAGGGGCAAAUAGAAUGCCUUAUAUAUGUAUG